CCUUUGCGAGCAGUUUCCGACAGUCGGUUAUUUCUCGCGGUUUGACCUUUCUCUGGUCGGCGUUUUGUUUCAGCGGCGGCGGCAGCAGCAGCAGCAGCGCGCGUCGCUCUGCCGCGAUAUAGUUUCACGCGACAAAUUCACGAGAAACGUCGGUCGGUGUCGCCGUACACGCGAAAAUAUGUAAUUUUCCCAAGCGGCUGUGCGUGAAAUCGAGUAGUUCUCAGUGGCCAGCCCGAGGUGGCACUAAUAAGCAUGGUUGCCAUAUAUCUUUACGUAUCGCUCGCGUUGUUGGGUAGCGCCCGCACAAUCUCAGGUGAAAGAGAACACAAGGUCCACAACAUAGUGCUGUACCCGGAAAAACACUCUUGGUGCCAGAUAACUCCCAUUCAACAAGUGGUGGGUUCGCCCGGAUACGAACCAGUCACCAUCGAGAACAAUGUAUGCGUCGGCGCGUGCUACAGCUAUAGCAUACCGAAAACGGAACCCGCGGAACCCGGCGAACUGAUCGGACCGUACUGCGACAGCUGUCAACCAUCCGAGAUGAAAUGCUAUCACGUGAAUUUACACGCUGACAGCACCAACGCGGAAGGGCCGAAAAUUCUCCAAAAACGGGUCCAAAUCAUCACGAACUGUUCUUGUCAGAGUUGCGACAAAAUCCGCAAAGAAGAUUGCGAAAUAAAUGACGCGAACACGCUCGAACUGCCUCCGCAUUUAUUCACGGAUCACGAGAGCAACAACAAAUCGGCCCCGGACGAUUUCCCGGACCUGUUCGAGGCGCAGAACGCCCAAAACAGUACCCUGAAGCAUACCGAGAACGACAUCAAAUUGAAAAACAAACUGAAGCAGUGGUUCGCGGUUUACCAGAAGGACGUCGAGGAAAACGAAAGCGAGAAACACGGACACAAGAAACACUCGGAGCUGUUGGACCUCGAGAAGAGGCUGGACCUCAACGAGAAGAACAACGAGAGGAUUUUGAACGAUCUCGAAGGAUUGCCGAAGAGUUUCGGCGACGAAGGAGUUCCGAGUCACCACAAGGGGAACCACGUGGCGUCGGGCAUAGUACGUAAUGCGGUCGACGUGAAAAAGCCACCGGAACAUAAUCACCACCACGGCCACCAUCAGCACCACCAGGUCGAGGAGGUUGCUCAUCACCAUUAUCUGGGCGAAGAGCAACAAACCGAAUUGAACGUAGGUCACCUGGUCAGAGGUCCGCACGGAUCCAUGGCCGUGGAUCCCGUAGAAGUCAAGUUUCGGAUAAAUAGCGACGCUUUAAAGCCGAACAACGAAGGUCUGGAAAUUUCGUACGAAAAUCAUCGGAAAAGCGCACGUAAAGUCGAAGAUCUGAUGCAGGAGGAGUGAAGAGGAAGAGAGGUAGAAAUUUCGGUCAAAAACGUAUGAAUGUCUAGUCCCACUUGUUCAAAACGCGAUAUCGAGCUCUUAUACAAAAACGUAAGCCAAAAUUUAAAUCGCUACAAGUAAGCGUGGUUUUUAUUAAUUAAUAUUAAGGUAAAAUAUCGGUACUUAACAUACUUUUUAGAGUUUUUUUUUUUCACUUACCCACUGCAGUCUACUAAGAUUAGAGUUACUUUGUGAUUAUUUUUAUUAUUAUUAUCGCCUUCCACUCGGAAGUUAAUGUAAAAUCAGCACAAUGGCCUAAAAAUGCAUUUUGUUACACUGAUCAUUAAAAUAUGCGAAUGUUCUCAAACAUUUUAUAGUUGAAAUCUAUCUAAAAUGUGCUUUUUAUUAUUUUAAGACUAUGCCUACAUCUUCCGAUUUUUUUAUGAACUUAAAAAUGACCAAAAAUAUUCAUAAAUUUGCCAUGUUCAUAUGUUUGUAACUUUUUUAAUAUUUAAAGAGGCAAUCCAAUUUACUUGGCAGACAAAUUCCGUGUAUUAAAUUUUUUCUAAUUUUUUUGUAACCCGGAAAUUGUUCUCGAGUAAGACUCGAGAAUAAGGACAAACUUGCCAGAAAAUUGUUUUUUUCUUGUAAUUUUGCAAUAAGCCUUUCGAUAUUUUUUGCUCCGAUUUUACCGAAAAUUCACCUCGAAAUAUUAAGGCACUUAUUUUGAUAUUUUCCAUUGAAGUACAAACACUUAAUUUUUUAUUUAUUUUACA